AGGUUCGGUUGGGGCAGGGCGGGAGACGCCUCUUCUUUCUGAGCGCAAAGCUCCAGCUAUAUAAUAGCCUCAAUCACAUUCAAUCUUUUCAGAAUCUGAAAUACUACACUACAUCCACAUACUUUCCAGCCGAGUUCUUCUUCAAAAGUUUUCUUCUAUCAGAACCAUGGUGUUCCAUAAGGAGUUCCAGAUUGCAGGAAAGGCGCCUGGUCUUCAGGUAUGGCGUGUGGAGAAGAUGGAUCUGAAGCCGGUUCCUAAACAGCUCCACGGGAACUUCUACACUGGAGACUGCUACGUUCUGCUCUACACCACUGCCGCCCCCUCAUACUACAUCCACAUGUGGAUGGGAAAUGAAAGUUCUCAGGAUGAGAUGGGUGCGGCGGCCAUCUUUAGCACCCAACUGGAUGAUUUCCUGGGCGGAAGCCCGGUCCAAUUCAGAGAGGUCCAGAACAAUGAGUCUAUCACCUUCCUGGGAUACUUCAAGUCUGGCAUCAAGUACAAGCAAGGUGGGGUGGCCUCUGGCUUCCAGCACGUGGUGACCAACGAGAUGAACGUCAAGCGUCUGCUGCACAUCAAGGGCCGCAGGGUCAUCAGAGCCACAGAGGUGGACAUGUCCUGGUCCAGCUUCAACAAUGGGGACUGCUUCAUCAUCGACCAGGGAAAGGACAUCUUCCAGUGGUGUGGCAGUGAGUGCAACCGCUUCGAGCGACUGAAGGCGUCCGAGGUGGCCAUCGAUAUCCGUGACAACGAGAGGAAUGGCCGUGCCAAGCUGCAAAUUGUUGAGGAGGGAGGAGAGCCAGAGGCUAUCAUCAACGCUCUGGGGCCCAAACCCAACAUCCCUGCAGGAACCCCUGAUGACGAGACUGUUGAAAGAUCCAACAAAAAGGGAGCUCUCUACAUGAUCUCUGAUGCGGCAGGCUCCAUGAAGGUGUCAGUGGUGGCCCAGUCCAGCCCCUUCAAACAAGAGAUGCUCUCCCCCAGCGAGUGUUACAUUCUGGACAACGGAUCGGACUGCAAGAUCUUUGUCUGGAAAGGACCUAGUGCCUCCACAGAUGAGCGCAAGGCUGCCAUGAAUGCUGCAGAACAGUUCAUCAGGGAGAAGAAUUACCCCAAGCAAACCCAGAUCCAGGUGUUGCCGUGCGGAGGAGAGACUACCCUGUUUAAGCAGUUCUUCUGUAACUGGAAGGACAAGGACCAGACCACGGGCCCAGGCCAGGCCUACAGUGUGGGACGUAUUGCCAGGGUGGAGCAGGUCCCCUUCGACUCCUCCGCCCUACACACCAACAAGACCAUGGUUGCCCAACACGGCAUGGUGGAUGACGGAUCCGGGAAGGUUCAGGUGUGGCGUGUGGAGAAUGGUGCCCAGGUGCCAGUGGACCCCUCCAGCUACGGCCAGUUCUAUGGAGGUGACUGCUACCUGGUCCUGUACAGCUACCGCCUAGGAGGCAGGGAGCAGCAUAUCAUCUACACCUGGCAGGGGCGGAAGUGUACUCAGGAUGAGCUGGCUGCUUCUGCCUUCCUGACGGUCAGGCUGGACGACUCCAUGGGAGGCUCACCUGUCCAGGUGCGUGUGACUCAGGGCCAGGAGCCGGCCCACCUGAUGAGUCUGUUCAAGGGGAAGCCCAUGGUGAUCCACCUGGGCGGAACGUCCCGUAAGGGGGGCCAGAGCAAGGUGGGCUCCACACGCCUCUUCCACAUCCGCCAGAGCUCCACCAAGGCCACACGGGCUGUAGAGGUGGAGCCCUCUGCUGCGUUCCUGAACACCAAUGAUGUGUUUGUGCUGAAGUCCCCUGACGCUAUGUUCCUGUGGAGGGGAGUGGGGGCCACUGAGGAGGAGAUGGCUGCGGCACAGCAUGUCACCUCUUUCCUGGGAGGAGAGCGUGCCACUGUGGUGUCAGAGGGCAAGGAGCCUGCUGGGUUCUGGUCUGCUCUGGGAGGGAAGAAGGAGUACCAGACCUCCAGCUGUCUGCAGAAGAUAGUGAAGCCACCACGCCUGUUUGGCUGCUCUAACAAGACUGGCAGACUCAUAGCUGAGGAGGUGCCUGGAGAUUUCAACCAGUCAGACUUGGCAACCGAUGAUGUCAUGCUUCUGGACACUUGGGAUCAGGUCUUCCUCUGGAUUGGCAACGAGGCCAACGAAGUGGAGAGGACCGGAUCAGCAAAAAUUGCCAAAGACUACUUGGAUUUGGACCCCUCUGGACGCCGGGGCAUUGCCAUCACCACGAUCAAGCAGGGAAUGGAACCACCAACCUUCACCGGCUGGUUCCAGGCCUGGGACCCCAAGAUGUGGGAAACAGACCCUCUGGAGCGUAUCCGUGCCCGCUUUUAAAAUGUACUGUCACUAGGACAACCACUUCCCCCUGCUCCCUCCCCUUCUUUCCCCUCGCAUGGCUUCUUCUCCAGCAUGAUCCUGUACCCCUAAAAACAAGGCCAAGACAUCUGCAAGAAAUCUGCAAGACAUCUGCGAGCAGUUGGACCCAUAAGCCAGAUGAAACUGGUCCAUUAUAUUGGAGUAUUAUGGAGUAUUAUGUCUUUAUUUUACUAUUUUCAUGUAUAACUGUGUGGCUUCUCAAUAAAACAAGUGCCAAUGCUCAAACACAAUAAUUAAAAUGAAAUAUGUUAGCUACACGUGUAAAUGUGGCCUUCAAGGGGCAAUCAGAAGUUGCGACAUACAUUUUUGGACUUAGAAAUUAAUGAUGUGUUCCCAUUGAUUCUUGAAGAAUAUAUCUUAUAAAUACCUCAUUAGCUUAGUUCAACUGAUGUACCCCAUUAGAACCCCGAAUAUAAGCUUAUUUUACUCCAAUGUUUGUAAACAAUAUACCCUCAAAACAUUGGUUAAAACUAUACUUUUGAUAUAAUGGAUGGUCAAUCCUUGCGUCCAUAGCUCUGUCUAUGAAUUUGAGAGUGAUUACAUUUUUCCAGCCCCAUCUCUCAGCUUUUUGUUACUUUUAUUUUCAAUUUUUUACUUUUCAAUUUUUUACUUAACACUUAUUUUAAAAAAUGUCUUCACUUCUUAAAGCAUUGUAGGUUAAGGGUUUGUAAGUAAGCAUUUUAGCGCAUGUAAAAUUUGAUUUACCAAACCAGGGCCGAGGAGACCGCUUUGUUAUUGUUUCUUCUGCUGAUUUCCACUUUAACAAUGAUGGGCAUUUAAAAAAAAAAUGUUGCUAUUGUAAAAUGUGCCUAACAAAGUCUAUUUCAUGCUUGUAUACUGUAGUAAAUUAGCUUUUGUUUGUAAUUAAACAUCCUGUUUUUUGAAA